GAGAAAAGGGACCGAGAAGGAGAGCACAAUCAAAGGCUGUUAUUUUAAUCUGUCCUGCCUCGGAGAUUAGCCCACCACAUUGUUUUAAUUGUUUUAACGGGAGGGAAUGAAACGCUCGUUUAUAGGGGGAUCCUUGGCAUAAAUCUCUCAAGUUCAAUAGUUUCAAAAACUUGAGCUCCUCGCAGCCCCCCUCUCUUCCCUCAUCCCACCUAAUCCCGGCUAAUACCUUUCUUUCUAUUGGCUAAUGGCUGAGGGGAGCCUGGGUAAAUGCUUCUUAAAUAGUCGUGGGUGAGAAUGGUUUCGGAGAAUUAUAUCCAAAGAGCGCUGCUGUGGGAGGAUUUAAGGCCCAAACCCGGACUAGGAAGUAUACCGGACUACACGGCUCACCUGGUGCAGACUUCUGUGCAUAAAGGCGCACCUGGAUCUUACGCUCCGGAGCUCAGAUUCAACAUGAACUCGUUGAAUUUCUGCGGGACGUCCAGCAGCAGCAGCAGAGGUGGAGCAGUGUUUCCCCUCCACGGUGUGAACUCCGUGCUGUUCGACCUGCACCACCAGAUGGCGGAGCAGUACCACGUGUACUCCGCAGCCAGCCCCGCAGUGCAUACCCUGUCUGUGGCCGAGAGACUGGCAGAGCUUAUCCUGGAGGCUCGGUACGGCAACCAGCAGAAGCAGCGCCGCAGCCGGACGGCGUUCACCGUGUCACAGCUGCAGGCUCUGGAGAAAGCCUUCCAGCAGACUCAGUACCCAGAUGUCGGCAUGAGAGAGAGGCUGGCUGUCUGCAUCAACCUGCCAGAGGCUCGCAUCCAGGUGUGGUUCAAGAACAGGAGGGCAAAGUUUCGUAAAGGUCAGAGGUGCUCCCCGUUCUCCAGAGACCACAGUCUGGAGGAGGCACCACAUCGCAGCGCGGCGGGACAGGAGGACGUCAGGACUGAAGACAAACAGGACAUGACAUCACACUCUGACAGCCACGUCCCUCCUCCUCAUCACUGCCCUCCUCCUCAUGUGGAUAAAACGAGGGAUGUUUGUCCACCUCUCACUCCUGCAGACUCUGAUAUUUCACGCUGCGCCCUCCACCUUCACUCUCCUCCACUGUUCCCCUUCAUGACGGGGGAGCGCUACAGCCACCCGCCUCACCAGCCGCUGGUGGGAAUGCUGUCCACCGAGCUCGCCCUUCCCCCGGUGUUCUGGCCCAUCAUACAACAGCACAGCUCCGCCCUGGGGGUUCACCCAUCGUCAGUUACUAAAAACUGUAGCCUCUCCCUUCAGACUGCUUGUUCCAGUAAAGUUGUGCCUCACCCUCACCUGGGGCUGUAACUGUAGACCUGCAGACCUGACAUCUCUGCUCCUUGUGGACUCAGGUACACCUGAAGCAACCCCGCAUGGGAAAAGAGACAGUGAAGAAGCACUUACUGCCUUGUCCCAGUCAACCUGACUACAGACAGAACAUUUAUUUUAUAUUUAGCUUUAUUGAACAAUCUCUCUGUACAGUCAUUAUUCCAUGUUUGGUUUGAUUUAACAUCUACAGGUUGUUGCCACUGGUAUGAGUUUAAUGUUUAAUGCAUCACAAGCACCAUAAACACUACAUUUACAUUUUUUCCUUCAGCAUUAUUUUGGCCAAUAACUACACCCUAACAAUGAUGGUACAAGCAUUUGAGAGUUCCUUAUCUGUAAUUAGGCACUGCAGCAUAGAAAUGUGAGAUUAAAAUGAUCUGUACCUCAAUUCUAUGUUGUUGUUUUUGGUUUUCCUCACAUUAGCAAGAAUAUAUAUAUAUGAAUUCUAUCAGGAUCUAUUGGCAUUUUAUUGGAUUUUUAAGCAGUGGUGGGAAGUUAUUGUGGGCUUAAGCUGUCAAAGUCAAAAAAUUAAUAAAUAAGUUUGUAAGAAAAUGGUUUUAUAAUAUGCCAUUAAAUGUACCAAAAAAAUGUUGAAUAAAAAUUUGUUAUACAAAAAAACCUGGGACAUUAAAUUA